AUGGAAAACCCACGCCAACGCUCACCAACGCCCAACGACACGCACCUCUGGACCGUACCCCAAGAAUCAGCCCUCCUCCAAGCAAUCACCCGCUGGAAACCAGUAGGCAUGCACAAACACUUCCGCAUGAUCGCGAUCCGCGACCACCUGCUCAGCACGGGCCUAAUCGCCCCAGAAGACACCCACACUUCCACGGCCGGGAUAUGGCGCAAACUCCACAUGCUGUACGACCUAGACCGCCUUGAUGAGCGGGAAGACAGUAUCGUCGGGGAUGCCGCGGGCAUGGGGAGCACCAGCACCUCGACCUCAACUUCCAAAAGCGAACCGGACGAUUAUUGGCGCGAGUUCGAGCUGCCGCGCGCCGACUUUGAGGAGCUGAUGUGGCAGAAAAGGUUUGCGCCAGAGGGAGCCAGCGCGGUGGGGAGUUCGCGGCCGCAAAGCCCUGCGGGGAUCGCCGCUAGGAGAGAGAGCACCAUUGCGGACACCGACGAGCCGCGGAGUUCGCCUGUCAGUGCGUCUGGCGGAGGUUCGACCCGGGGGAGAGGACGUGGUAGAGGUGGUGGUGGGAGGCUGUCGAAGUUGCAGAACGAGGUGGAGGCCGAGGGUAGCAGGAGGGGGAGUAGGAGGACGAGUAAAGCGCCGAGUAUGAGUGCGGUUGAGGUGGCAGAGGAUGAGGGUAUGGAGGACGUGGAUGUGGAUGAUGAGGUGGAGGCAGAAGCCGAGGAAGAUGAGACUGGCGAGGGUGAGAGUGAGGAGCAAGAGCAAGGGGACGAAGAGGAGGCUGAAGUCAAGCGAGGUGGCGCGACGAAGCGAGGAAGGGGUGGACGGAGAGGCAGAGGGAGACGAGGACGGCGGAGAUAG